GUUCUCCUAGCGACCAGGAGUGGAGGGAGGCUACAGGUACCUUAGGUAAGGUCUGUAAGUGGGGUUCUCGAGAGGCCUACUCUACUCGCACCUUCCUUAGUCACAAAGUUUACCCCGCGCUCCCGAAAUCUCUCAACAGUACUGUUGUAGCUCUACAGUAGGCAACUUGGAUAGGAGCUUCGUCCCAUUCUCAAAUCAAGUUUUUAUCCCGCACUCCGGGAUAUCUCUGCUCACCCUAAACAACAUUCUCUCCUUCAGUCAUCGUCUUACAAGCCUCCCUAACGGCAAAACGACUACGUUAUCUCUCUCAGUUGAAACUUACCUUACUUAGACUUCACCCUUGAACGACCCCACCACCAAGGACAGGAUGGCCCCCGAUCACAAAGCCUGCCUGAUCGUGAUUGACGGCUGGGGCAUUCCGUCGGACGAAUCGCCGAAAAAUGGUGAUGCAAUCGCUGCCGCCAAGACUCCGGUCAUGGACGAGCUCUCUCAGAGCGCGACCGGAUUUACCGAACUCGACGCCUCAUCGCUUGCUGUGGGCCUUCCAGAGGGUCUCAUGGGCAAUUCCGAGGUUGGGCAUCUCAACAUUGGUGCCGGGCGAGUUGUCUGGCAGGACGUUGUCCGUAUCGACCAAACAAUCAAGCAGAACAAGUUCGCACAGAACGAUAUUAUCAAGAAGACCCUCGAAUCGGCAAAGAACGGGAAUGGACGUCUUCACCUCUGUGGACUCAUCUCCCAUGGUGGUGUGCAUGCGAAGCAAACACAUCUAUAUGCCCUUCUCCAGGCUGCGAAGGAAUACGGCGUCCCGCACGUUUAUAUUCACUUCUUUGGUGACGGCCGCGAUACCGACCCCAAGUCUGGCGCCGGCUAUAUGGAAGAGCUCGUAUCCAAGCUAAAGGAAAUCGGCAGUGGGCAGAUUGCCACGGUUGUCGGUCGAUACUAUGCGAUGGACCGUGACAAGAGAUGGGAACGAGUCGAGUUGGCCUUGAAGGGCAUGAUACUUGGCGAGGGCGAGGAGAGCAAUGACCCGGUAAAGACGGUCAGGGAACGGUACGAGAAGGGGGAGAAUGACGAAUUUCUCAAACCCAUCGUGGUGGGAGGCAAGGAAGCUCGGAUCCAAGACAACGACACCGUAUUCUUCUUCAAUUACCGUUCUGACCGUGUUCGGCAGAUCACUCAGGUUCUGGGCGAUGUUGAUCGGUCGCCUUUGGCCGACUUCCCGUUCCCCAAGACUACUCUGGUCACCAUGACUCAGUACAAGCUUGACUAUCCAUUCGAAAUUGCCUUUAAACCGCAACACAUGGGUAAUGUACUAGCCGAGUGGCUCGGAAAGCAAGGUGUCAAGCAGGUGCAUGUUGCCGAGACUGAGAAGUACGCCCACGUCACCUUUUUCUUCAACGGCGGCGUUGAAAAGGCCUUCCAUCUCGAGGAGCGCGACGAGUCGCAGGAUCUUGUGCCAUCCAACAAGAGUGUUGCGACAUACGACAAAGCCCCCGAAAUGAGUGCUGACGGGGUUGCAAAUCAGGUUUGCAAGCGCCUGGCAGAGCAUACUUUCCCCUUCGUCAUGAACAACUUUGCUCCUCCGGAUAUGGUUGGCCACACGGGCGUGUACGAUGCCGCGAUUGUGGCUUGUGAGACCACAGAUAAGGCAAUUGGAAAGAUCUACGAGGCAUGCAAGCAAGAGGACUACAUCCUCUUCAUUACCUCUGACCAUGGAAAUGCCGAAGAGAUGAAGUUCCCUGACGGGAAGCCAAAGACGUCGCACACUACCAACAAAGUGCCCUUCAUCAUGGCGAAUGCCCCCGAGGGCUGGAGCCUGAAGAAGGAAGAAGGCGUCCUGGGAGAUGUGGCCCCGACAGUACUGACAGCCAUGGGACUGCCGGUGCCCUCGGAAAUGACUGGCGCUAGUUUGUUGAUCAAGUCUUGAGGGAGGACCUGGGCUCGGAAUUGGACUUCGCAAUGAAUAGGAACAUGAAACGAGCAGGCAUAUAGACGAAUAGACGCCUAGGACACAACAUUCGGGACGAAGAACCACUAUGCUCAAUGCGGAACUAGAUUGUAUGGGAAAUGAAACUUGGGAGUAGACUUUGGCCGUGGUAAGAGGCAAACGGAGAAAUAGCUAUGAAGAAGGGACUUUGUUGAAAUCGAAUUUAAGAAGUGAUCCCUGCUCUUACACGACGACCUCUUAUAUCACACACAAUGAGCCCGCUGAAUAUUAUCGGCCGGAGAAAAGCCGCUCCACGAAGAGCAUUAUUUAUAUUCAAUAUUACACCUGGGAUUGCAUAAAAACGACUAGACUUUC